AGCAUUUGGGAAGAGACACCCAGCCCGGGCUCUGGGAUUGGGUAGCUUGUCUUGACACAGCCCCGCUGAGUGCCGCUGGAGGACGUGUUUAAGCAGAUGGUUGGGGUUAGUGUGUGUCAUCACGUUGGAGUGGGGAUUAGAGCAGGAAGGUUGCUUUGCUGAAGCUGUGUGGUCUUUUAUUGCAAGUGCUGUGUGCUUUAGACAUAAGCAAGAAGGACGUCUGAGACACAAAAAAGGGGAAAGAAAGGCGUAGGGUGCAUGGAACUGUCUGCCCUGCACAGGAAAAUCUUCUGUUCACAUUACUUCUUUGGAUGACAAGCCAUCAUUUGCUGCUGAAGUACAAGACAUGACAGAACGAUGGUGUUAAUGUAGAGUCUGCUUAUCUAUUGAUGUCUGUAUUCAGGUCACACAAGUUGGUGCUGUUCAGUAAGGCUGCCUAAACAUUAGAAGAUACAUUAAAAUUAAUUUGGUUCCAUCAAGAACUCUUGACCUUUCCAUAAUGAAGUAUUACUGUUUUGUACUCGUUUUGCUUGUGCUGGAUAUGGAACUGCAAGGGAGCCUUUGUUCAACACUAAAAGCAACCAGAUUCAAAGGCCGUAUACAUCCGGACAGGAGAAAUAUUAGACCAAACAUUAUACUUGUUCUCACAGAUGACCAAGAUGUGGAGUUGGGUUCGUUGCAGGUGAUGAACAAGACGAGAAAAAUUAUGGAAGAGGGAGGCGCAACAUUCACCAAUGCGUUUGUUACCACCCCUAUGUGCUGUCCAUCUCGUUCAUCUAUGCUUACAGGAAAAUAUGUUCACAAUCACAACAUAUACACAAACAACGAGAACUGUUCCUCUCCAUCAUGGCAAGCCAUACAUGAACCACGGACCUUUGCAGUAUAUCUCAACAAUACAGGCUACAGAACAGCCUUUUUUGGAAAAUACCUCAAUGAAUACAAUGGAAGCUAUAUCCCACCUGGAUGGAGGGAGUGGCUGGGACUUAUCAAGAACUCACGAUUUUAUAAUUAUACUAUGUGUAGGAAUGGUUACAAAGAAAAGCAUGGAUUUGAAUAUGAAAAGGACUACUUCACAGACCUUAUUACCAAUGACAGUAUUAGUUAUUUUAAGCUAUCUAAGAAAAUGUACCCUCAUCGACCAAUAAUGAUGGUGAUCAGUCAUGCAGCUCCUCAUGGGCCAGAAGAUUCCGCUCCUCAAUUUUCUGAGCUCUUCCCAAAUGCUUCUCAGCAUAUAACUCCUAGUUAUAACUAUGCACCAAACAUGGACAAGCAUUGGAUCAUGCAGUAUACUGGAGCAAUGCUUCCCAUACACAUGGAGUUCACCAACGUGCUGCACAGGAAACGGUUACAAACACUUAUGUCGGUUGAUGACUCAAUGGAGAAGCUGUAUAAUAUGUUGGUUGAAACUGGAGAACUGGAAAACACCUACCUCAUCUACACAGCUGACCAUGGUUACCACAUAGGACAGUUUGGACUGGUAAAGGGGAAAUCCAUGCCAUAUGACUUUGAUAUUCGUGUUCCUUUCUUUGUUCGUGGUCCAAAUGUGGAGCCAGGAUCAGUAGUGCCUCAAAUUGUGCUGAAUUUAGAUAUUGCUCCAACAAUUUUGGAUAUCGCUGGACUUGACACCCCCCCAGAUAUGGAUGGCAAAUCUGUUUUGCCUUUAAUGGAUAUCGAAAGACCAGGAAAUAGAUUGAGAACAAAUAAAAAGAACAAAGUCUGGAGGGAUACAUUCCUAGUGGAAAGAGGAAAAUUCAUCAGAAAAAAAGAGGAACCAAGCAAAAAUGCCCCACAGUCUAACUACCUACCAAAAUAUGAGCGUGUGAAGGAGCUGUGCCAGCAGGCUAGGUAUCAGACCGCAUGUGAGCAGCCCGGACAGAAAUGGCAGUGCAUUGAGGAUGUAUCUGGAAAGCUGCGCAUACAUAAAUGCAAAGGAACUGUAGAGACUGUCACAUUGAAGAAGAGAACAAGAAGCAUAAACUCAAAGGGUUAUGGAAGUAGAGAUAACGAUUGCAUUUGUGGGGAGACAGAUUACAGACCAAGCAGAAACCAGAGGAAGAAAGCGAGACUCUUCAUGAGAUCACCAAAUGCUAAAAAAUUCAAUCCUCGUUUUGUUCACACACGACAAGCACGAUCACUUGCUGUUGAAUUUGAAGGAGAAAUAUAUGAUAUAAAUUUGGAAGAUGACGCUGGCAUCCAAACUUCACAGUCAAGGAGUAUUUCUAAGAGGCAUUAUGUUUCUGAAGAAGAGGUUGAUGAAGAUACGGAUGAUGAUAAUAAUGAUGAUGAUGAUGAAGAAGAGAGCAAUACUGCCAAUGAUGAAGAGGGAAUUAUGUUAUCUGAUGGAAUAACUGGUUCCAGUUCAUCUGCUUCUCUGAGAGUGACACAUAAGUGUUAUAUUCUAGCCAAUGACACUGUGCAUUGUGAAAGAGAGCUAUACCGGUCCAGUAGAGCCUGGAAGGAUCACAAAGCUUACAUUGAUAAAGAGAUUGAAGCCUUGCAAGACAAAAUAAAGAAUUUAAGGGAAGUUAGAGGACAUCUGAAAAGAAGGAAACCAGACGAAUGUGACUGUAGUAAAAAUGGUUUUUACAAGAAAGGUAAAGCUGUGAAACCUCAUGAUAAGCUGAAGGGUCACAUACACCCGUUUAAGGAAGUUGCACAAGAAGUCGACAAUAAAUUUCAGAUUUUUAAAGAAACCCGCAGAAGGAAAAAGGAGAGAAAGGAAAAAAAACGUCAAAAGAAAGGAGAGGAAUGCAGCCUUCCUGGACUCACAUGCUUUACUCAUGAUAAUAACCACUGGCAGACCGCACCUUUCUGGAACUUGGGAUCAUUCUGUGCCUGCACUAGUUCAAAUAACAAUACAUAUUGGUGCUUGAGAACACUUAACGAGUCGCACAAUUUCUUAUUUUGUGAAUUUGCAACUGGUUUCUUGGAAUAUUUUGAUAUGAACACUGACCCCUAUCAGUUAACGAAUGCUGUUCAUACUGUAGAAAGGGGUGUUCUAAACCAGCUACAUAUUCAACUAAUGGAAUUAAGAAGUUGUCAAGGUCAUAGGCAGUGCAACCCAAGGCCCAAAGGAUCAGAAACAGAGGACAGCUAUGGGACAGAUGGGAGGGCUAACUUGCCUAAUUUCACAGAGGAUGUUGACUGGAAAGGACUGGAGGAUUUGUACAAAGUAAAUGAAAGUUUAUAUGGAUACAGAAACAACUAUAGACUUAGUCUGGAUGACUGGGUUAAUUACUUGAAGGAUGUAGAUAGAGUUUUUGCACUGCUUAACAAUUACUCUAAACUAAUCAGAACAAACAAAACUGUGGUCGCUCAAAACAUCAAGUUCUCCAGUACUUCUCCAACACAAGUUGUGGAAGUGCCCUCUGUGGAAUCUGAAGAUGAAUCUAGUGGUCAAAUUGAAGAUGAGAGAGGACCUAAAAUAGAAAUGGACUCUGGGAUCUUGAAUUUGAGUACAGAUAUAUCCAGUCACAAAAAUAAACUUGAAACAAAAAAUGAAAUUCCUGAAGGAAAAAAAAUAAACCAGGCACACUGGAAUAACCAAAACACAGAACAGUGGACAGAGCACAUAGAUUUAGAUUCCUAUGAAAUGGCAUACAGUGGAAAUGGAUUAACAGAGUUGGAAUCUAAGAAUAUGUAUAAUCUACAGCCCGUUAGUUAUCUUUCUACAAAAACUGAGGAAGAUGGUAGCCGAACGAGUGAAGAUAUUUUUGAUGAUCAAGAGUACCUUCCUCUUGUUCACCAGAGUAAAAACAUUUCCAUUGCUGAACAGUCAUCCAGUUGUGAGAAUCCGGAAAACAUGGAGAACAAAUCCAAGCAGGAACAUUCGGAAGAGUUGUGCACAAACGUUAAUGUAGAAGGCAGUGCCUCAUUCCCACUCUCUUCUGAUUAAAGCAAAUUUUAAAAUGUAUUAAAACUUUGAAAGUAUCUUUAGCACUUGACAUUCCAGAUUCCACACACUUAGUAUCUAACCUUCUGCACAAUUUUCUCUAUACCAAUCCUCAUACAUAUAUUUAUAAUGACCAACAUAGUUUAAUAGUAUUUUAAUUACUUCAAUAACACAAUUUAAAGUUAUGUUGUUUUUUGUUUUACUUAAAUGGUUUCACAGGAUUAAAAAAUGUUGAUAUUUUCAAACAUCUUUGAUUUUAUUCCCACUAAAUAUUUUAAGGUUAUAUUCUUUUCUAACCACUGGAAUUUCUUAAUGUCACAGUUAAGUAAAAAAAAAAAAUGUUUGCACUUUUCUAGCAUUUAAGCUAACACACACAAUCUUUAUCCCACAUACUAUGUAUUGUUUCUUUUUUAUUGUGUUGGGGAGACAACAGGUGUAUAGCAAAAGUGGACUUAAUGUGCCUUAUAAAUUUGAGCAUCACAUCAGAAAUUACCUCAUUGUACACUGAAAAUGAUAUACUUAGAACCUGGAAUUAAUACUGACACAUUUAACUUCAAAACAUAUCUAAAGUGCUUUAGUUACUUGAUUGCAGUCUAUGGAAGCGCUUGUUAUUUUCAUAAAUUAUUCUUACAACAAUGUGUUUAGUUUCUUUUUAAAAUAUGGCACAUAGCUUUAUUAUAACUUUGUUAUACUGUUUGAUUUCAGCAGUUUGCUUUCCUAAAGAAACAAAAAUAGACAAUAUUCAUAAAUUACCUCAAGAAUUUUUUUUUUUUUUUUUCUCACUAUGUCAGUCCCUCGGAAAUGUCCGUUUAUUUUAGUUAAUGAACCUAGUAUCUUUGUAUCCCUUAAAAGCAAUAUAAAUGUACAUUGUUCAUCGUAAUUGUUCAGCAGAAUAUGCAGCAGGUGGGUGUACAUAUGUUAAUUCAUAUUAUCGUCAAGUGCGCAAUGACAAAACAAUCUUAUUUAUGGUUAUGAAUGAUGCUUUUUUUUUGUAAAUAGGUUUUAAAAUAAUAGGUUUCAGUUUUGUGUUUUUUAAUCAUGUAUAGAAGUCUGUUAUACUUUUAUAGAACAAUUCUGACUUCAGGAAAGUCACGAAGCAACAUUUCUUCAAAUAAAAAUGUGCUUUAAUUUUACAUGUUUGAAAUUAA